UGCUGGCUUAUUUUUAACCAACAGACAACAAGCUCCAGCUUCUCUGCUUCACUGCCAGAUAGAACGAGAAAUUGACUAGCUGCUGAGUAUUAGCUUUUGUAUAACUCUAAAUAGUGUUGUUUUUGUGGCAACCACCAUCUGGAAAGUAUGGCGGAGAGCGACUGGGAUACGGUGACUGUGUUGAGGAAGAAGGGCCCGUCUUCAGCACAGGCCAAAUCCAAACAGGCUGUCACCGCUGCCCAGAGGCGUGGAGAAGAGGUCGAGACCACCAAGAAAUGGGCAGCAGGACAGAAUAAACAGCAUGUGGUGACUAAGAACACGGCUAAACUGGACCGCGAGACAGAAGAGCUGCACCAUGAAAGAGUGACGCUGGAGGUGGGCAAGGUCAUCCAGCAAGGCCGCCAAGAAAAGGGAAUGACUCAGAAAGACCUAGCUACUAAAAUUAAUGAGAAGCCUCAGGUCAUUGCUGACUAUGAAUGUGGAAGAGCAAUCCCCAACAACCAGAUUAUGGGCAAGAUCGAGAGAGCACUUGGAUUGAAGUUGCGUGGGAAAGAUAUUGGACAGCCCUUGGAGCCCAAAUCAAAGAAGAAAUGAGGACAAAGCCUCGAAAUCAGCCCCUCCCUCCCCCCCUCCCUCCCUGCCUCUUUCCUCCCUGCCUCUUUCCUCCCUGCCUCCCUGCCUCUUCCCUCUCCGCCUCCUCCCUCACACCCAUGCAUCACACUAAGAAUAGAGUUAUGUCUCUCACACAAGCUUGAGUAUCGAGAGUGCUGUGACUAAAAUGGCAUACAAAAGUUCCACUUGCUAUAAGCUGGGGAUAGCCAUGAACAUAUUUCUGAAGUAGCUCUGCUGUAAUGACUCAAUUACAAGACGAUUGUAAUAUUAAACAAAUACACUGCCACCUAGUGUUUCAGAGGACAAGUAUGGACCUCACCCAGCAACUAGCCUCAAUUAUUAAGCACUGUCCUUUGCAUUUGGAGAAACUAUAAUGGUGUGAGAAACAUAAAUCAGCUUUAACUGCCUAAAUCUUGAAUCCCUCUGACCAUCCUGUGCUCCUCUUCCCCCUUUCAUGGGCUGAUCUCACUGACGUCCUUGCUGUUGGACUCGGUGCUUCACUGCAUGCACAAGCUGCAUUAUAAUACAAACACCUUUAAAAUAACAAAGGACAACUAUGUUGCAAGACUUAAUAAAUCCUAAGUGCUGCGUUGAUUUUGAUAAGUGAUUGCUUUGGCAUGAAAACUUUUUUUCCUUUAAACAAAAAUGUGAAAGUUCAUUAAAUUGCCAAAUCAAUGCACAAAUA